ACAAGGCAAAUUUGGCAGAAGAUGCUCGGAAAAAAAAUCAUCAUACGUUAAGGAAGAGUCAACACUUCGAUAAUUCUGAAUUACAGAGACAUUGUCACACUUGUUCCACUUUUUGGGGCUUUUUUCAUCGAUCUCGAUAACCUCCAUCCUCCCAGCUGAUCCCACAUUUUUGGGGGACUGGAGGGACCGCCCAGAAAGUCCCUAGAUCCCGGAUAGGGACCUUGAACCUCAUCAUGUUCGUGUGUUUACAUUUUUUCUCGUCGUGGAGUUAUUUUCGUCAGACACCUGAGUUUUUAUUUACAAAUACAGGGGUUUGUGCUCCGAAAAGUUGUUGUUGUCAUUUUUGAGUGAUUUUUUGGUGAUUGCUGGGAGAAAAGGGGAGUCAAAAUGGGCGGAGGCGAUUUGAACUUGAAGAAGUCCUGGCACCCCUCGACGAUGAAGAACAUGGAGAAGGUGUGGAAGGCUGAGCAGCAGGACAGCCGAGAGAAGAGGAAGAUAGCUGAGUUGAAACGAGACAUUGAAAUGGAGAAGGACAGAGAGGACAUGACGAAGUACGCGAUGCAGCAGGGGGUGAUUGCCAAGAAGGACGAUAAAAAACUGGACUGGAUGUACAAGGGACCCAACCAGGGGAUCAACAGGGAGGAUUAUCUCACUGGAAAGGCCAUUGAUAAGACGUUCGAGCAGCAGGCACAGGCGGAGAGAGAUGCCGAGAGGAACAGAAUGCCUAGCAAUCAUGUUGAAUAUGAAUGUGUCCCACCUUCAUUGAGAUUUUUUUCUGGCAACGAGCAAGUGGAUUUGCAGAAGAAACUCCAGGAGGACCCGUUGUACGCCAUAAAGAAGAAGGAAAUGGAGUCGAGGACGCAGUUAUUGAAGAAUCCAGUGAAACUCAAGCAGCUGAAGGAAUUAGUUAGCAAAAGGAGGAGAAGUCCAGAGCCAUCGUCCUCGAAGCACCACAAGUCGUCGAAACACCACAAGGACUCCCACAAAUCCAAGAAAGACGAUGGUAAACAUCAUUCGAAGAAGAAAGUGAAGCUCUCCGAUGAGGAAAAAGAGAAAAGACUCAAGGAGAUGCUGGCCAAUGCCUCCUGGCGGGACAAGGAGCGAGCGAAAAAUGUCAAGAGGUAUCGGGAUCAGGAUAAGAAGGAGCAGAAGAGUAAAUCGUACGACAAGGACUUCAUCAGGAAACAUCUGGUGAAGGCGACAGAAGUGGAGACCGUAGCCUCCCGGAUAAAAUCGAACAUAAAUAAUAUUCAAAGAUCUGGACGUGCAAUGGACACAAAUUUCGCCAGGCGGUAGCGACAGCACUAAAGGUCUCAAAUGAAUCAAUUACAGAAUUUUUUAUUUUUUACGAUAGAAUCACUGAGAUUUUACUUGAUAUCAAUUUACAAUAACGACAUGAAGGAAUGAACAAGACACGCAAUAAAUGGAUUGACGAGGGAAUAUCACGUCAUCAAGAUUCAUUCGUCAAUUGUUAAUUAUUAGAAUCUCGCGGGCUGCAUCUGACAAUUUUAAAACAAUUCGUUUCCCUCAGAACAGGAAAUUGAAGUAAAUUCAUUCAUCCAUUUUCAAAACUGAAAUAUUAAUCGUUUGCGAAGGAUCUUCAGACAUUUUACAAUUAUAAAAUAACUUAAAUUGUUAUUUAACGUGCGUUAAGAGUUCAAAGUUUAUGAAUUAAUUUCGUUCAUUUCCUCAAGCCCAUCUGCAAUUCGAAAAAAUUUCCUGCAGCUUUCGCAGGUUCAUAAUUAAAUAAUGAAUGAUUGAAGGAAAUUAUCGUCAAUUCACGUCAAAAAAAUUAUCGUCAAUUAGACACUCGAAAAAUUAUAAGAAAUGAAUUGAAAUUGAAUGCAUGUCAAGUCCUUCGACGGGGAAAGCUCAUGUCGUCAUGACUCAUUCGUCACUCUAGAGUCCAGACGUCUGAGAAAUUCUAGUUUUUAUGAUGUCAACAAUUGCAUUCAUUUCUCCCUCAAUUCUUUUGUUCAUUACUCUACGUUUCACCUUUCUUUCUUACCUAAACCCUCACCCUUGGCCCCGACUCCGUCGAAGGCAUUCGAUUCACCUAAUUACUGGGUAUCCUCCAGCAGGUAUGUGACUCCCAGGUUCAACCAAUCACCCUCCCCCUCCCCUCUCCCCUCUGUCCAUUCCCAAAACACGAAAACGAAACUUUAGUUCCUUCCGACUUAAACAGAAUUAAUUGAACUCUCUGAACAGUCACAUCUACCUCUAGAAAAUAUUCUGUUCGUUUUCCUGUCGAAUUUGGAAUAAAUCUGUUCUGCUAUAA